CGUUUAGCCUUUUGUCAACAUCCGGCGACACGUCUCCUCAACACACCGCUGAGCCGGAGUCCGAUGCAUCUUUAUUUAUUUAGACUUUUCAUUAAAAGGCGAUGUUGUAUCUUUGACACGCUGCGACCAGCUGAGAGUGAGUCGUGUGCGGGGUUUUAAAAGUGUGGUCAGGGGUUUGGAUUGGGCGCUUUAGACCAGCCCAGAGCUUCAAAUGGGGGAGGUGAGGAAGCUGCAGAAGAAGUUGAGACAGAUUGAGAAUCUGGAAAUAAAAAUCAGUCUUACCCCUGAGGAGAGAUUCAAGAUCUCCAGGAAGGCGGAGCUGCGUUCCAGAUUGGCUGCGCUUCAGCUGCAGCUUUCUGGCCCGCAGCAAACUCUGGGGAUUGUGGGAGACGGAAAAAAGGAGAAGAUGAAAAGACAAGUAGAGGAUGCCCCUGAGGCCCUUCCAUCACAAACGCCUCCAGCCUCCAAGAUCCUUAAGGGAGAAGAGAAGUCCAAAGCUCAAGCAACGCCAGUACCGGCUGCCAGGCAGAGGGAGACGGGAGGGGGAGCAGAGACAGGCAGACAGCGGGAAAGGACAGAGCCGGCCAGAGUGUCAGAUCACUGCCGGGACACUCACAACGAGCAGCAACUGCGACAGGAAGACGCUGAAUUUACAUCCCUCAAAUCAUCUUGGGAGAAGGCAAAGUUUCGCUUGAGGCUGUUGGAGGGUCACAAUGACAUAGUCACCUGUGUGGUUGCCGUUGACAACCUGGUGGUUUCUGGAAGCCGAGACACGACGGUGAAGGUGUGGCACGUUCCCACGGCAACGGAGCACAAGAACCUGGGGGGUCACACCGGUGGGGUCACCUGUCUGUCUGCUCCUCCCCCUGAGUACUGCAAGAGGCUCGCCUGGUCCCUGUCUUUGUCCGACAAGGAGAGGUUUAUUUUGAGUGGCUCGGCAGACUGCUACGUGAAGAUCUGGGCCCUGAGCAUCGGGCAGUGUGUUAAGUCCAUCUACACAUUCAACGCUGUGACUGCACUCUGCUUUGUGCCAGAAGAAGAUGGCUACAUCAUCACUGGGUCAGACGGGGGGAAAGUUCAAGCCUGGAGCUGGCACACUUUCGAAAACUGCCAGUCAAUCAAUGCUCACCAGGAAGCAGUCACCUCUGUCCAGUCUCAGGGUCCGCUGGUGUUCAGCGGCUCGGCCGAGGGAGGGGUGUCUGUGUGGGAGAACCGAUGUACGGAUCGAGACCCUCUGAAGCUGCUACACCACUGGAGCGACCAGGUGACGGGCUGCGGAGGGGGGCCAGGCGGGCGUCUAACCCUCAGCCCGCGGGGAGACAGAGUGUUCCUGGCUUACGGUCGAGCCUGGCUCAAGAUCCUGCACUGGAGGACCGGAACGAUGUCCAGACUGACCAAUCACAGCAGCAUCACCGGGGUAACAGAUUGCGCUCACCAGACAGGAGGCCUCCUAAUUGGCUCCUGCUAUGAUCUGGCGAAUGGAGAGAGCUCGCUAAAUUUAUUCUGUCUGCCUCAGUGUCGGUACCUGGCCUCUCUGACCUGGGCCGAUGCUCCCAGAAUCCUCUGCUUUGCAGCAUGGACCACAGGGAGCGGAGACCACCGGUGGGUCACUGGAGGUCGCGACCUCAUCGUAUGGGAGCAGCUCCCCAGUUCUGGGAAGCAGAGGGGUGACAUCACAGUAAAGAGAGACAGUCGAUUGGAGUCCUGCUUGCUGGAGUCCGAGGGGGACACAGAAGAUGAUGAGACUGAUGAUUGUGAGGAUGAUGAUGACAACGAUGAAGCAGGAGACAGCCGGUGUGAUGGUGCGGAGGAUGCAGGGUCCGGCUCGUGGCUGCGUUGCGUUCUCCAGUGAGUGCCGGUUUUCUCACGCUGAGGACACCACGGCCUGCAGCCAUGAAGAGGAAAUUAGAGUGAGGGAGCGUAGUGACAGCGAAGGAGGGUGCAGGGGAGUGAAGUGUGACAGACUGAGUGUCAGUGUCGGAGGGGGAGCAUAUGGAUGGAGAAAGCGAGUGUGUGUGUGUGUAUGUGUGAGUGGUAGGCAGAUUGUUUUCUAUGUAAAUAUUAUUUCCACACACAAUAAAGCUGUCACAAUGUGACUCUCACCUCCAAA